GGCGGGGCCGGCGGCGGGGAGGGACCGCGUUCCCGAGCGGGAGGGAGAUCCGCCGCGGAGUUACGGGAAAGUUGUUCCGAGUUCCCGGGAGUUUCCCGGUGUGCUCGCCCGCGCUCGGCCGGCCGCCCCCAGGCUCCUUUCCUCCCCAGCGCCCUCACGGUCCACUCGGACCCUCUGGCUGCCUGCCACCGGCCGCCAUGGAGCAGCCGCCGGCGCCCAAGAGUAAGCUAAAAAAGCUGAGUGAAGACAGUCUGACUAAGCAGCCUGAGGAAGUCUUUGAUGUGUUGGAGAAGCUUGGAGAAGGGUCUUAUGGAAGUGUUUUUAAAGCAAUACAUAAGGAAUCUGGUCAAGUUGUUGCGAUUAAGCAAGUACCUGUUGAGUCAGAUCUUCAGGAAAUAAUUAAAGAAAUUUCCAUAAUGCAGCAAUGUGACAGCCCCUAUGUGGUGAAGUACUAUGGCAGCUACUUCAAGAACACAGACCUCUGGAUCGUCAUGGAGUACUGUGGCGCUGGCUCCGUGUCAGACAUCAUCAGGUUACGAAACAAGACGUUAACAGAAGAUGAAAUUGCAACUAUCCUAAAAUCCACAUUGAAAGGAUUAGAAUAUUUGCAUUUUAUGAGGAAAAUACACAGAGAUAUAAAAGCUGGGAAUAUUCUCCUCAACACUGAAGGACAUGCAAAGCUUGCAGAUUUUGGAGUGGCUGGCCAGUUAACAGAUACAAUGGCAAAACGCAAUACUGUAAUAGGGACCCCGUUUUGGAUGGCUCCUGAAGUAAUUCAAGAAAUCGGUUACAACUGUGUGGCUGACAUCUGGUCCCUGGGCAUCACUGCCAUAGAGAUGGCAGAAGGGAAGCCCCCUUAUGCUGACAUACAUCCGAUGCGGGCUAUUUUCAUGAUUCCCACAAACCCGCCACCAACAUUCAGGAAGCCUGAACUCUGGUCUGACGACUUCACCGAUUUUGUUAAAAAGUGCUUAGUGAAGAGUCCGGAACAGAGAGCCACGGCAACCCAGCUGUUGCAGCAUCCUUUCAUCAAGAAUGCGAAGCCCGUGUCAAUAUUAAGAGACCUGAUCACAGAAGCCAUGGAAACCAAAGCCAAAAGGCAGGAGGAGCAGCAGCGGGAAUUGGAGGAGGAGGAGGAGAAUUCGGAUGAAGAUGAGCUGGAUUCGCACACCAUGGUGAAGACCAGUUCAGAGAGCGUGGGAACAAUGCGGGCCACCAGCACGAUGAGCGAAGGGGCCCAGACAAUGAUUGAACACAACAGCACGGUGUUAGAGUCAGACCUGGGCACCAUGGUCAUAAACAGUGAGGACGAGGAAGAAGAAGACGGAACUAUGAAAAGAAAUGCCACGUCACCCCAAGGACAAAGACCGUCUUUCAUGGACUACUUUGAUAAGCAGGGCUUCAAGAACAAGAGUCACGAAAACUGUAAUCAGAAUGUGCGUGAGUCCUGCCCCGUGUCACAAAGUGUUUUUCCUGAGGACUGGAGAGUCCCGCAAGAUGGAGACUUUGACUUUUUAAAAAAUCUAAGUUUAGAAGAACUACAGAUGCGUUUAAAAGCCCUAGACCCCAUGAUGGAGCGGGAGAUAGAGGAACUGCACCAGAGGUACAGCGCGAAGAGGCAGCCCAUCCUGGACGCCAUGGACGCGAAGAAAAGGAGACAGCAGAACUUCUGACCGACACCCUCUGUCGCAGCAUGACUGGAGACCAAGCAGCCACCAGAACUGAAGGGGCUCUGCUGCUUUGUAAUCCCCAAAAUGUACGAUCUACAAUCUUGCAAAAGUCAAAAACUAAUGACGGUUCACAGCCAAGUAAAUUCCCGAAGCCAGACUGUGAGUUGUGACCGCUCUGACUUCGGUUAGAAAGGAUAAGAACAUAGAAAUGCGCUCUUUCUGCCAGCUGCUACCCAGCAACCAAACCAAUCUACAUUAAAGCUCUGUUGGGAGACUGUCGCUAAACCGCAGUCCCGGAGGGCUCUAUGUUACACUCUCCUUUGUUCCUGUGGAGAAGUCUAUUUAUUGUACCCCUAGGUAGACUUAUUUAUUUAUGCAGUUUUGCUCUUUGUUUUUUAAAGACGAGAUCAGGAUAGUUUGGGUAAAUGUCUGGACACACUGACAGAUGAUAACACACAACUAAAUUGUACAUUAGGCAGGGAGCUAAGGGAGCAUCCCUUCAUCUCCAGUAGAAACAAAGCAGCAAGAAGAGCGGUGUCCAGAUGGACCAGGCAUCUUUACACCGAGAUUAAUUAACAUUGGUACAGGCGAGGCUAUAUAGACAUAGGUCAAACAGAAUUAUGCCCUGUAAAACCAAAGAAAGCAGUGAAUCCUUGCACACAAAAAAAGUGUGGGAAAUAUUUUUAAAGAAAUGAAACUUGAGAAGACAAUGUAAUUCUUAACAUUUCCUGUAAUCUCAUCCGCAGUAAUCUCAUCAAAUUUAUUCUGUGGAAAAUAUGCUUUUGUUACAGGACUUUUUGUCGAUUUCAUUUAUUUUCUGGGAAUUGAUAUGCAUCAUGUAUCUGACAAUAACAAAACAAUAAAAACAUUUGUACUAAGCCAUGCAUCCUUGGGGCCGGGAGGGGGGGACAGAUUUAAGCUAGAAAGAGACACAUUUCUGAGCAGAAUUACCAUUUGUGUAAUUGAACUGGGACCAGCCCUUUCCUGCGCCACACGACCAUUUGGAGUGUGUGCUGUCUUAUGUGUUCAUCACUGCGUGUACAUCAUGGAGACAAAUAAAUUCCACUGAGCCACCCA